AUGCUCUGUGAUAAAGUUAAAUUUGUGGAGUGUGAUCUAGCGUCACCAGAAGCUUUAAGUAUGUCUCUAGAUCAUAUCUAUUCCAGUCUCGAUGGAAGAAACUUAUCUGUGGUCGUUAAUAAUGCGGGAAUUCGGGGCAGUGGGUCUGUCCUUAAUGUUUCAGAUUCCACAAUCCGGAAGGUUUUCGAAGUGAACUUUUUUGCACCCAUUCACAUUAUGAGAGAGGUAACUUCUCGCCAUUUACAGAUACCAUCAGACAAAAGAUUAAGUUUAGUUAAUGUGUCUUCAAUUCUAGGAACUUUGGGUCCAAAGAAUCUCCUGGCAUACUCUGCUUCAAAGGCAGCAUCUAUACAAGCACACGAGUGUUUUGCAGAGGAAAUGCGACCAUUCGAUAAUAUAACAACGCUCCUUGUUUUGCCAGGCCAACUAACGACGGAGAUGUUUCGUGAUGUCUCGCCAAGUCGCCUUUUCUUCGCGCCGUUGGUAGACCAUAAACGAUUGGCUCAGCAGAUCGUUCAGAAAAUUGCCGCAGGCGAGGAGGGCGUAUUGUGUGAACCAUUUUAUGCCAAUUUUUUACCUUUUGUCAAGGUAAUGCCUAUUUAUUUUCAACGGCUCGCUCGUUGGAUCUCUCAAAUGGAUGAGAAGAUUGGAGAUGAAGCACAAUGA